UCAAAACGACGACAUUUCGAAUGGUAGCUUCAGUACGAUCAUGGCAGCUUCCAUAUCUAAAACCCUAACCAGAAAUCUUCUCCGGCGAAGUGGUGAAACUACACAAGCAUUGCAGCUCCGGUUAUCCUCCGCCGUUGCUUCAGCUCCUGCCAUCUCUGUGACUGAAACUCAACCUCCAGAGAAAGGUGGACCUUCAAAAUGGUCAAAGUUACUGCUCUUCGUACCGGGGGUCAUCACCUUUGGCCUUGGCUCUUGGCAGAUCAUCAGAAGGCAAGAUAAGAUUGAAAUGCUUGAGUACAGACAAAGUCGAUUGCUAAUGGAUCCUCUUAACUGCAAUGAGGUUUCCCCUUCAAGUGAAAAUUUGGAUUCUUUGGAGUUCUGCAGGGUACUUUGUAGAGGAGUGUUUGAUGAGAAGAAGUCCAUUUUCAUAGGGCCACGCUCCAGAAGCAUUUCAGGGGUGACUGAAAAUGGUUACUAUGUUAUUACUCCUCUCAUGCCUUUGGCAAAUGAUCCUAAGAGUGUGCAGACACCAAUUCUUGUCAAUAGGGGAUGGGUCCCCCGGAAUUGGAGAGACAAGUCUUUGGAAGUGGCUGCGGCUGAUGACCAAUCUUCGAGUACUGCGCCCCCACCUCAAGAGAGUGGAAAGAGCUCCUGGUGGAUGUUUUCUUCAAAAAAGAAGAAAGUCGAAGAGGAUCAAGUUCCAACUCUUAAAUCCACAGAAGUAAUUGGAGUUAUCAGAGGAAGUGAGAAGCCCAGUAUAUUUGUUCCAGCAAAUGAUCCCAGUUCCUUCCAGUGGUUCUACGUUGAUGUUCCAGCCAUUGCUCGUGCCAGUGGACUCCCUGAGAACACACUCUACAUUGAAGCCAUCAAUGAUAAUGUCGACCCAAGCAAUCCUUAUCCAAUUCCAAAGGAUACAAACACAUUGGUUCGGAGUUCUGUAAUGCCACAAGAUCAUCUUAACUACACAUUUACAUGGUAUUCUCUGUCAGCUGCUGUGACGUUUAUGGCUUAUAAGAGGCUACAGUCAAAGAAAACCCGGAGAUAGCAAACCUUUGAACUUGUUCCUUUGAUGGUAUUUUGUCAAUGUAAGAUCAGCUAGUCGGUGAGGCAAUGCUGCUAAUUUGCAACCCAGGGCCCUUGAGACUAUCGCGGAACAGCUUUCAUGUCAUCAACCAUCUUUCAACUCGUCUCCUUCAAUUAUUUUUCUCCUACAUUCUACAGACGAAGGGAACCCAUUUUUUUAAAUGGUACAACCCAAUAAAUGCUGAUUUAGUAAUAUUAUCAAGGUUUUGUCAUCUAAGAGUUGUUUGAUAAGUCAAAAUUUUGUUUUGAUAAUUGUUCUUUGAUAUAAGAAAUUAUAUACACCA